GAACUUCGCUGGUGGUUGGAGAAGUAGUUCUUGUAGCCAUCAGCCUAUGCUGAGGUAGACCACCAAACUGUCACCUUCCACCUGGCUACAUAACUUCAACCCCGAGUCCUGCUGUUCACCUCGCUCUUUUGUGACAUCCACUCAGUGCUGUAAGUUGAGGUUUCUUCUGUCAGCAUGGAGGAUUCGUCAGAGCAGUCCCACUGGGUGUCUACGGCCCUGCUCAGCUCAGAUCCUCUGGCCAGCUUCUCCUCUGAGCCCAGCCUGCUGCCUCCAGGAGAAGAGGCAGAGGCCUUCUUCCCCGGUCAGGUCACGGACCUCGCCAGCCUGCCCUCCUUCUUCUCAAACCCAAGCCACAGCAGAGCGCCAUCCACCUACAGACACAGCUCUGUCCGUCAGGUGUUCAGCUCGCCGAGUCUCAUCAGCAACCUCCAGCUGCUGGACGGACCGGGCAACCACUCUCUGAGCUCGCCCUACAACCCCUCGGUCUCCACCUGGAGCGGCAGCCCCCUCACCAAGACCCCGCUGCACUCACACACCCCGACCUCCCUCUACACACCCGGCAUCACUUCCCCCUUCGCUUCAUCCCGAGACGGAUACUCCUCCCCGAACAGAGAGGGCAGGGAGAGCCCCCGGCUUCAGGAGGCCCUGAAGGCUGAGCGCCUGAGCCCGCUGGGAGGGCCAGGAGCCAGCAGCAGUUUCCUGAAUCUGACCCCUGCUGCUGGUAGUGUGUACACUCCGCCAUCCCACUCCCACCCGCACAUGCUGAGCCCCUACAGCUCAUACAUGUCAGGCCAGGAGUACAACUCUGCCCUCUACUCCAGUCCUGGAUCCUGGAUCAGCCCCUCAUACUCACCCAAACUCCACAAUAAGAUGCGGAUAUCCACCCCAGAGGCCAGAGAGUGCGUUAACUGCGGAGCUACAGCUACCCCUCUGUGGCGUCGGGAUGGUACAGGACACUACCUGUGCAACGCCUGUGGACUGUACCACAAGAUGAACGGCCAAAACAGACCACUAAUCCGACCCAAGAAGAGACUGAUCGUCAGCAAGCGGGCAGGCACACUGUGUGCCAACUGCAACACGAGCACAACCACACUGUGGAGACGCAACGCCAAUGGAGAGCCCGUGUGCAACGCGUGUGGACUCUACUUUAAACUGCACAACGUCAACCGGCCCCUCACCAUGAAGAAGGACGGCAUUCAAACACGUAACAGAAAGGUGUCCAGCAAGAACAAGAAGAGCAAGAAGGCCGCCAUGUUUGAGUCGUACUCGGAGGUGACUCAGCCAUCCUCGCUGGACGGCAACGGCGGGCACUUUUCACUCAGCCCCGGGACUCUGCUCACCUACAGCCACACACCACACCUCAUCUCAACACCAUCACCCCUGCAUCCCUCGUCCUCCUUACCCUACACACACCACCUCAACACUGGCAUGGUGCCCACACUGGUGUGAAGUGACGAAACAGGCACCUGAAAUCUAGUUAGGAUGCAGCUUGCUUGCUCGCCAGUUAUUUGUGUGUAUUUGUACAUAUGUGUUCCUGCGCUGAAUGUCAUGUGAUCGAGGGUUUCUGUUUCUUUCCACUGUAUUUUAGAAGGAGGCAUCAGUUCUGCAGCUGUCGUCUUGAUCUAGUGAUUUGUUUGCAGUCAGAUGAGGGAAUUGUUUUAGCUGUAAAUACAGACACAAAUCUGAUUUGAUAGCCACAUGUUCUAUUAUUCAUAAUGUGAAAUUCUACUUUUGUGCUUUGUGUUACAUGGAUUUGUCUUUUUUUUAUGUGUAAAAUUGAUGUUACCAUAUUGAAACUCUACUGAUUAAAUAAUAAAACGUGUGACUGAUUCUGA